UGUCGAUAAGAAAACCCCACAAUCUAUUCAAUAAUUUUUUUGAGGCGUCGCAAAUUAGCUACAACGAAAAUAGACAAAAAUUAUCUACAACAACAUAUAUGCAAAAUGUCGAAACGCCCAGCGGAAGAUGAGAACAUGGACCUGUCUUUGAAGGCAGGGGAGAGGCCAGAAAAACCAGAGUUAGAUGAUGGAGUGGGAGAAUUUGAGGACGAAUUCGAGGACGAGUACGAGAGUGAAGAUGAGAUUUUGGAAGCAGGUGUAGAUGGAAGGCCUGAUGCUGAGAGGGAGGCUGAAGAAGCAGGUUCGUAGAAACAGUUAUGAAGCAAUUUCAAGUGCGCAUGUCUGGAAAUUUCGCUAAUAUGCUUAUAGAGGCCAUGGAAGUCGAUCAACAAACUUUCAUAGUUGGUAGGAAUAAAUUAGAACCAGGGCAGACAUUAUCCCCUGAUCUUUCCACGUACGAAAUGCUUCACGCUCUGAGUACUCCUUGGCCUUGUCUGUCUUUCGAUAUACUUAAGGAUGGUUUGGGCGACAACAGGAAAACAUACCCGGCUACUAUGUAUGCAGUCGCAGGAACACAGGCAGAAAGUAAACGGGAAAAAGAAAAUCAAUUGAUGGUUAUGAAGUUCAGUGGAUUGAGCAGAAUGGAAAGGGAACAGGGCGAGGAAGACUCGGAUGAAGAUGAAGAUGAAGACUCGGAUCCUAUCCUCGAAUCGGCUUCGAUACCCCUCACUGCUACAACAAACAGAAUACGUUCACACCAGACACCUGCGUCUGACUCGUCGCGGCCUCCUACGACUCUGACUGCUUCAAUGAGUGAAUCUGGUCAGGUUCUCAUUCACGAUGUUACUCCUCAUUUAUCCUCUUUGAUACCCCGGCACUGUUAUCACUCCACAACAAAAUAAACCUCUAUCUACUCUUCGAAUGCACAAAUCUGAAGGUUAUGCAGUUGAUUGGUCACCUCUCAUAUCUACUGGAAAGUUAGUAACAGGAGAUAAUGAUGGUAAAAUUUAUGUCACUACAAGAACUGCUGGAGAAGGUUGGGCAGUCGACUCGCGUCCAUUUACAGGCCAUACUGGAAGUGUCGAAGAAUUACAAUGGAGUCCUUCUGAGAAAAACGUCUUCGCAUCCGCAUCUAGCGAUGGUACAAUCAAAGUAUGGGAUGUACGAAGUAAAAGUCGAACUGCAGCUCUUACAGUCCAAGUAAGCGAGACAGACGUUAACGUCAUGUCCUGGUCACGUCAAACAUCUCAUCUACUCGCUUCUGGAGCCGACGAUGGAGUAUGGGCAGUCUGGGAUCUCCGAAACUGGAAACCUACAAAUAACUCUCUACCCUCUAAACCUACCCCAGUCGCGAGUUUCAAUUUCCACAAAGAACAAAUUACAAGUGUAGAAUGGCAUCCUACGGAUGAUAGUAUCGUGGCUGUAGCUGCUGGUGAUGAUACUUUGACGCUUUGGGAUUUGGCUGUAGAAUUGGAUGAUGAGGAAAGUAAAGAUACAGGUGGUGUCAAUGAUGUACCGCCACAACUUUUGUUUGUGCAUUAUAUGGCUAAGGUUAAGGAAGCACAUUGGCAUCCACAGAUUCCCGGAGCAUUAGUGGGAACGGGGGAGAACUUUAAUGUUUUCAAGACGAUUAGUGUUUAGAACUGACGUUGAAGAAAAACGAAAAAUAGAACUAAGAGAUGAUAAUGAAAAAAAGUUUAACAUUAU